GGGUGUGACUUUCCCUAAGGAAGUUACGCAAACCAACCUGGUGUUAUAACAGUGGACAAACCCUAUCUGUCUUAGGCUAAAACUAUACUAAAAUCAUGACUUUGGAAAUACCCCUUCUGCUGGCUGCCGUGUCUCUGUUUUCUGCCCUACAAAUGGGUAAGCAAACUAAACUUUCAGGCCUUACACUGCAAUAUGGUUGACUACACGAAUAUCUAUGCCCCUGCUUAUGGGAACAGAACCAUGAAGGCCUAUAUUGUGUAAAUAUAAUGUUGAGUUUGUAAGAUUGAAGUGUUGUUGGGGUAUCUUCCUCAGGGUACCUGGCGAGACAGGUGGGGCUGGCGAGAAUGACACACAAGGUCAUGCCGCCCGCUGUCACUGGACCACCAGAGUUUGAGAGAACAUUCAGGGCACAGUAAGAAUUCAAAACUUUAUUGAUUUUAGAUUAAAUGUUGUGUCUGCAUAACUCAAUGCUGAUGUGUGUGUGUGUGUGUGUCAUUGUUCUACUGCAUCCCUAGUCAGAACAAUGUUGAGUUGUACCCAGUCUUCCUAGUGGUGCUGUGGACUUCUGGACUGCUCUUCAGUGAAGGUAAUACUGUAUGUCUGAGAAUGUUUUAGGGCAUUCCUUACAUUUUGUACCAUAAAAUACCAUUACAUACUGUACAUUUGUGUCUUCCAAGCGCUUGCAGUUCUUGGAGGUGUUGUGUAUAUGGUGGCUCGACAAAUGUAUUUCAAUGGAUAUGUCAUGUCCACUAAAAAAAGGUAGGAUUGCCUGAAAAAAUGAACAUGGCUUAAUCUGUACCCUACCUUCCCCUGAAAAUGAAUACGUGAACUGGACUCUAAUCCAGCUUACCUUGUAUUUCUAGGUUGCCUGGGUUUUACAUGACUUUGGGUGCCUUAUUCUGCUUGUCUGUGCUGAGCACAGUCGGUAUUCUUCAUGGCAUUCUUCUUGAAUACUUUUACAAAAUGGUUUCUAUGAUGUAAACACAUUAGCAAUUAAUAUAAACAAAUGGAUGGGGAAAAUGCUAUGUUGGUGACAUUUCUGUUUUGUGCUAUACACCUGUGAAACUCCAAAAUAAAAUAUAAUCUUAAAAAAA